GAAAUCAACAAUCCAGAAUCAGUCUGUUAUUGGGCACAAAAGAAUAACAUUCCUGUAUUGAGCCCAGCAAUAACAGAUGGAUCCCUCGGAGAUAUGAUUUUCUUCCAUUCCUAUAAGAAACCAGGUCUUGUGCUGGACAUCGUAGAAGACCUGAAACUCAUUAAUACCCAAGCCAUCUUUGCCAGGAAGACAGGAAUGAUCAUCUUGGGUGGAGGCCUUGUUAAGCACCACAUUGCCAAUGCAAAUCUGAUGAGAAAUGGAGCUGACUUUUCUGUAUAUGUCAACACCGCACAGGAGUUUGAUGGUUCAGAUUCAGGAGCUCGGCCUGACGAGGCAGUGUCCUGGGGAAAGAUCCGUAUGGAUGCCAAGCCUGUCAAGGUCUAUGCUGAUGCUUCUCUGGUUUUCCCAUUGCUGGUUGCAGAGACUUUUGCUCAGAAACCCAAUGCUUUUGUUCAAGAAAAGAAAAAUGACUAAACUGGGAACUGCUGCAUGAGGCAUUAUAUCUGUUCAG